AUGGAAACCCGUCUUCUUCUUCUUCGUGCAGCUCUUCCCCUGUUCAUUCUCUGCCUGUCGGCGCCCGCCGGGGGGCGGGAAUUCCUGAGCUUGCGGUCCGGGGACUCUCUCUCCCCGGAGGAGGUGGAAGACGUCCUGGUCUCCCCCAAGAGGACCUUCUCAGGCGGUUUCCACGAGGUGGGCACCAACGCCUACUGCUUCUCCGUCUGGUUCACCUCCUCCGUAGACAAAACCGUCGUUUGGAUGGCCAACAGAGAUAGCCCUGUGAACGGGAGGCUGUCGACCGUACGCCUGGAGAAGAGAGGUAACCUGGUGUUGAAGGACGCAGACGGGAGCCGCGUCUGGGAGACCGCCGCAUCGUUGCCGGCGGCGACCAGCGUGGAGCUCAGUGAGACGGGUAAUCUGGUGCUGCUGAAUCAGACAAGGGGUGUCAUCUGGGAGAGCUUCGCCUCCCCAACGGACACGCUCCUUCCCCUCCAGCCGCUGACAAAGGGCAACAAGCUCGUUUCCAGAAGCGGACCUGGAAGCUAUUCCUCCGGCUACUAUAGCCUCCGUUUCAGCGACGACAACGUACUAAAGAUGGUGUACGACGCGCCUAAGGUCACCAGCGUGUAUUGGCCGAAACCAGACAUUUCCACCUUCGACAGCGGGAGGUUUCCCUACAACAGCAGACGCAUCGCCAUGUUCGAUUCCCUGGGUCAUUUCUCGUCCACCGACAAACUCAAAUUCAAUUCCUCCGACGACACCCCCGGCCGCUGGCGGCGGCUGACCCUGGACUACGACGGGAUGGCACGGCUAUACACCCUGAACGGCUCCGGGAACUGGGAGGUCACCUGGAAGCCAGAGCUUCACGCCUGCAAUGUCCACGGACUCUGCGGGACAUACGGCAUCUGUGUUUACUCGCCGGAGCCGAGCUGCCAGUGCCCUCCGGGGUUCCGCAUGAUCGAUCCGUCGGACUGGUCCAGAGGUUGCUCCCCUCCCUCUCCUCCCAAGUGCAACUCGUCCGAGAUCGAUUUCCUAGUCCUGCAGCACACAGAUUACUUUGGUUAUGACCUCGAGACCUAUGGAGAGAAAGUGUCUUUCGAAGACUGCAGAAACAGGUGCCUGAGCGACUGCAAGUGCAAGGGUUUGGCCUACAAGUUGAACGGGACGGGCAACUGCUACCCAAAGUUCAACCUCCUCAACGGCUACCAGAUGCCCGACUACCCCACCGUCAUGCUCAUCAAAGUCUCCGAGAAAGAAACAACCCUAAUUGGGGACGGUGAGGCGCUGAACUGCACAGAGCAGAGGUCCGUCCUCCUCAAUCAAUACAGCGAAAGUGAGAGCCAGAGCCCCUACCUUAAGUACCUGGUCGCGUUCGUAGCCGCCGCCGGCGUCGUAGAGGGGAUGUGCAUUCUCUUCGGAUGGUGGUGGAUAGACAGAAUACACCGCCGAGAGAAGGAGAGCACCAUGGGCUACCAGGCCCUGAUGCUGGGGUUUAAGCGCUUCACCUACGCAGAGCUAAAGAUAGCGACCCACAACUUCAGAGAGGAGAUCGGAAGGGGCGGCUUCGGUACCGUCUUCAAAGGAGUUCUCUCCGACGACAGGGUGGUGGCCGUGAAGAGGCUGGAAGUUGUGUCCCAGGGGGAGCCUGAAUUCUGGGCAGAGGUCACCUUUAUAGGGAGGAUAAACCACAUGAACCUGCUAAAAAUGUGGGGCUUCUGCGCCGAGGGGAAGCACAGACUGCUGGUCUACGAAUUCAUGGAGAAUGGCUCUGUGGAUAAGAUCCUAUUCUCAAGGUACGCUGCGUCCUUGGGAUGGAAGAAGAGAUUUGACAUCGCCAUGGGAACGGCCAAGGGGCUCUGUUAUCUCCAUGAGGAGUGCCUCGAGUGGAUCCUUCACUGCGACAUCAAGCCUCAGAACAUACUCCUGGACGAGAAUUUCCGCCCAAAGGUGGGGGACUUCGGCAUGUCCAAGCUCAUCGAGAAGAACAACCUCAAAUACAGAUUCUCCACGGUGAGAGGAACGAGGGGUUAUCUGGCGCCGGAAUGGAUGAUAAACCAGGAGAUCACUGCGAAGGCGGACGUGUUUAGCUAUGGGGUCGUCCUGCUGGAGCUGGUGACUGGCAAGAGCGCGGCAGAUUUCCAUGAAGACGUGCACAACUUGAUUCAGUGGGCACAGUCCAAGCUCAGACAAGGAGACGAGAUGGGCAUCGUGGAUACCUCGCUGGCUGGAGAUGUUAACGAAGAGCAACUUCGAAGAGUGGUGAAGGUAAUCCUAAUGUGUCUCGAAGUGGAGAAGGACAGGAGGCCAUCCAUGAGCACGGUGGUGAAGGCUCUACAGGGGGAUGAUGAUGAUUGCUAA